AUGACUAAUGAAAUUUAUGGAGCUAUUCGCAGCUAUCAAGCCAAUGACAAUGCCAACGGUGGCAGCUUAGCGGACCCUAGCAUCCAACAAACCGUUGAUGAGUUGUUUGAUGGGGACUACACUACUCCUGGCUUUAUCAAUAUCCCAGUGUGUACCCCAGAGAUGGCCGAAACUGCGUCGGACGAUAGCAGCACUACCUCGGAGCCCAAUUAUCCCUGCAUCUUAGUGCCUAGCCCGAAUGACUGCGGAACCUCGACAUUUACCACGCAACUAAUUGUGACAAAUAUUGCUGGCACCCAGGGCUCGUGGGAGGUCGAAUGCACGGUUGGUGACCAGCAUCAACUAGUCCAGUAUGGAACUUGUGCCUUUGGGGUGACGGGAACAACUGGAACUGGUGAUGUUGACUUCAACGUCGGCGCUCAGGAUAUUGUGGAUCUUAUCACUUCGUCAAUUCAGAUGUUUGCGUCAGGUGGCUUAGUGGGUGCUUCGGGCAACAUGGCAUGCCAGGGAGAUGCAGGAAACGACAAUGUUAACUGGGGGCUCUAUCAUACUUGA